AUGGCUGCCGUGGCCAACAGUACCACACUACUUGCUACUGAGUAUGCAUGCUACAAUACCAUGCAUGCUUCUGUUGACCAAGGUAGCCAGCAGAUGUCAUUUAAAAUACCACAAGACAUUGAUUUAAAGACAGGAGAAUUUGGAAAAGCAAAGGAAAUGGCAAUUUCGACGCAUAAGCGAAUAUAUGAGACACAGGAAGAAUCUGAAGCAGCAUUCAUAUACUGUAACGUGAAUCCUGUACCAAACAGUAUUGAAUGGAAAAGAGACAAAAUGCCACCACCAAUGACAAGAGUUGUCGUUGACAAUCGUAAAUACUUUUAUAGUGUGGAAGCGCCAACACUUGUGAUAAGAAACCCAAACAAACCAAUGGAUGAAGGUCACUACCAAUGCACGGCAGAAGCCAAUGGAAAAUCAGUUGAUGGAGAUAUUGUAGAACUUCAAGUGUUUCCUGUCGAAACAGGAGUGAGCAGAGCAAACACCAACAUACCAAGCCAUUCGUCCGUGACAGAGCGUAAACUGACCCAGCAAACACAAG